CACUUAAACGCGACGCCUUCAACAUCAACAACUGAAAUACCAACACCAAAUUUCUUCCUCACCUUCAAUCUUUCCCAUCAGAAAUGUGCAACUUAACACCAUACAGAAAGCCAACCACCACCACCAUUCACGUUAUGGCACUGGACGGCAUCAUUCACGUUAACUCCUUGUUCACUUUGGGACUCUUCCUCGGUCUGUCCUUGUAUCCUGAUCCCUCCACCACUCUUGUCUCUGUUUCAUGCUCUCCACCACCCGCCGUCUUCGAGAAUUUAGUUGCAUUCCACGUCUACUCCUUCAGUUCUUUUCUCUUCUCAAGUCUUAUAGCCUCUGCUUUAAAACAAGCUAUCAAGUUUACCAACGGUGGUGCAGAAAGGGACUUACUUGGUAUUGGUUUGACAAUGGCUGAAGUCAACUUAAUGUUGUUGAGGAUCGGGAUUCUUCUUUCGGGUGUUGGUUCGGUUUCUGGGUGUGGGUGCUUGACGAUGGCUUUGGUGAAUUUGGUUCAGGUUAAGUUGGGGGUCUUGGAUUGCAAGAGUUUUCAUACUUUGGCUGCUAUAUGUCCUCUUGUGACUUUGGUCCCUGUGGCACUUGUUAUUUAUGUGUGUUUAGUGUUUUAUGCUUUUGUUCGCUAAAGAUGAAUAAAUAAUGAACUCUGCUUUUGUCAUGCAAUUGAUUUGUUAAUUGAUAAUGAACUGUGGGGAUUGGUUUCAUCA